AUGGAUCUGUUGACUGCAUGGGAUAUGGCAGAAGUGACUAAAUCAGAAAUUACUAAAUUAAAAUUUGAAACUAUUUAUAAGGAAUCCCAAGAAUUCAUUAAACAAAUGAAUGAAAAACUGUGUACUUUAAAUUUUCCUGAUGAAAUUAAUAUCAGCAAUACAUUUCCAACUUCAAGAAUUAGCAAAAAAAAAUCAUUUUUCGAUGAACAAUGUUCAGACGAAGUUUUGUCUGUUCCUAUUGAUAAGUUUAGAGUUGGAACAUAUGUAGAAAUUAUAGACCAAAUAAUAAGUAGUUUAAAUCAAAGAUUUUCUGCCAACAGUCAGUUAAUAGCUGAUAUUCAGUAUUUUAUUCCAAAAAAUUUUGAUUUGGUUGUUAGUAUGCCAAACAUAGCUUUAACAUAUUUAUCUGAAGUGUCAAACAUUCCAAAAGAUAAACUUCAUUCAGAGUUAAAGAGUUUUGUUGCAGUUUUUCCAAAAAUAUCUACAUCAAUUAAAGAACGCACUCAGACAAUGUAUCAAGAGCAAUAUGUUUCAGUAUAUGAUGAUAAUAAUGAAGAAUCAAUUAAUGAAUUUUCUGAUAUAUUAGAAGACAAUACUCUUGAAUUAAUUGGUAAUGAUUUCUACCAGGAGAAGAAGUGUUCUUUAAGUAUCGAUCAUGAUCCGAAAAAUUGCUUAAACUGUGUGUACAAAGUAUUAUAUUCAUUAAAUUUACAUGUUUCAUCUUAUAGUUAUCUUUGUGAAGCUUAUGAAUUUUUUUUAACUUUAUCUGUAACACAAGUGAAUUGUGAACGGACAUUCAGUAAACUUAAAAUUACAAAAAAUCGUCUUCGUUCUAAUUUAAGCUCAGAACAUUUAGAAGCAUUACUAAUUAUGUCAAUUGAAAAACAGCUGUUAGAAGAUGUAGAAGUAUCUGAUAUUAUUAAUUACCUUAAAAGUACAUCAACUUUAAUGCUAAAUAUGUUUACAUAA